AUGUCGAUGGAUCUCGAUGACCAACCGGUGUCUAUCGCACCCGGUACCCAGCAGAAUAUCGCGACUAUUCUUUGCUGCAACUGCGGCGCUCCUAUCGAUGGAACCACGGCCACCGGCGCGCUCUGUUACGACUGCGUGAAGCUCACCAUCGACAUCUCCGGAGGCAUCCAGCGCGAAGCGACUCUCAACUUCUGCCGAGACUGCGACCGAUGGCUCAUGCCCCCCUCCAGCUGGGUCGUUGCCGCCCCCGAGUCCCGCGAGCUGCUUGCCCUUUGCCUGAAGAAGUUGAGGGGCCUCAACAAAGUCCGCGUCAUCGAUGCCAGCUUCAUUUGGACUGAGGCCCAUUCGCGUCGAGUUAAGGUCAAGCUUACCAUCCAGGAUGACGUUCAGGAUGGCAUGCUACUCCAGCAGAGCUUCGAGAUUGUCUAUGUUGUCGCCUACCAGCAGUGCCCUGAGUGCGCCAAGUCAUACACUGCCAACGUCUGGCGAGCCGCCGUUCAGGUCCGACAAAAGGUCCUCCACAAGCGAACAUUCUUGUUCCUGGAGCAGUUGAUCCUGAAGCACGGGGCUCACAAAGACACCCUCAACAUCAGGGAAGCCAGGGACGGUAUCGAUUUCUUCUUCGCGCAGAAGAACCAAGCCGAGAAGUUCGUUGACUUCCUCAACUCAGUUGUGCCCGUCAAAGUGAAGAACUCGUCUGAGUUGAUUUCCAUGGAUACCCACACCUCCAAACGGUCAUAUAAAUUCACAUACUCAGCCGAGCUCGUGCCGAUAUGUAAAGACGACCUAGUCGCCAUGCCUAUUCGGAUGGCAAAGCAGGCCGGCAACAUCAACCCCCUUCUCCUGUGUCACAAGAUUGGUACCUCUGUCUACCUCUUGGAUCCUCAGACUCUUCAGACUGCUGAUGUCAGCUCGGCAAUCUACUGGCGUGCCCCUUUCCUGUCACUCACAGAUACCAAGGAAUUGGUGGAAUUCAUCGUCAUGGAUAUCGAGCCCACAAAUACUCAGAAGGGAAAAUUCGUGCUGGCCGAAGCCACAGUUGCUCGGGCAUCUGACCUUGGAGUCAAUGACAAGACAUACUUCACCAGGACACAUCUGGGUCGAUAUCUACACCCCGGAGAUUCGGUCAUGGGAUACCUCCUUGCCGGAUCCAACUUUAACAAUGGCGAGUACGAGGCCAUCGAAGCGUCAAGCACAUAUUCGUCAACCAUCCCCGACGUAGUGUUGGUGAAGAAGCACUACCCCCGCCGCCGCAAGAACCGCAACAGAAACUGGAAGCUCAAGCGCAUGGGCAAGGACGAGGGCGAGCUGUUGCCCAAGAAGGCCGAUCAAGACCGUAUGGACCAGGAGUACGAACAAUUCUUGCGGGAUGUUGAGGAGGAUGAGGAUCUCCGCGCUACGCUGGCUCUGUACAAGACCAAGGAGAAGAAGAGAGAGCUUGAAGAAAUGAGUAUUGCGGAGACGGAGGAGGAUGAUGAGGCCCCGAGGGUUGAUAUGGACGAGUUGCUGGACGACUUUGAUGAGCUUACAAUGGCGGAUUCCUAG